AUGCCAUCUGAGUCGUCCCCCAGGGUGUGCUACGGUUAUGCACAGACCGGCAGCUGUCGAUUCGGCUCCCAGUGCAAGUUUGCACAUGUCGAAGGGGUCAACAAUAAUAACAACAGGAAGCGCAGGACCAGGCAUAAACGACCCCAGACACGUACACAGACACCUCUAGACCAAUUUUUCGCAAAAUAUCCCCAGUUUGAAUAUGACUCAUCCGAGUCAGCUUCAUUGGAGUUUUACCGGAUGUGCGACGAGUUUGACUGGGAUAGGGACGAUGAAGAGAGAGAGGAAGCCUCUCGCUAUUUCAAGGACGCCAUUGUUCACCAGUUCAACCACAUCUACGGCACAGAUGCAGACAAUCUCACCUCAUGGCAUACUCUAUGUCAGAUCGUCCAAGUUUCGCCAGUUCCUGACACCCUCGAAUCAUGCCGCGAGGCAGUCAAAGCCACUUAUGUCAAUAUUGUGGACUUGAUUGAUACAGGUGUAACCGAGGGGGCAGUAACGGUAUUCGUCUCGGAGGUGGAACUGAGCGAGUACACGAAGAGGACGGGAAAAAUCUUUCCAAGAGACAAUGUACACGCCGGUGGUCUCUUGAAGUACCUACUCCGCCGCAUCAUGAACCCCAGACCAGAACGCGUGUCUGGCCGGAAGACGCAGAGCAGGCGCAAGCGUUAACUCCUUCACGAUUUUUAUAUUCUUCCACAUAUAGGUGUCCUUGUAAGCUUUAAGUUGACUGUUGUGAACGAGCAUAUUUCGUGCAUGUUCUCGCAAUGGUAAACGACUAUUAGAUACUUGGGCUUCUGACGUAUGAGUUUAUAUCUCGCACGUGCGGCUAUAGGAGGCUUAUUAACUGAACGGAGGUCGCACUAACUUCUAUCCAG